AUGUCUAGUCCCAGCUGUUUGGGCCCGCCCUUCUCUAGCAUCCCAACAAUAUACACAGCUGAAGCUCUCGCACACGCGGCAGUCAUAAGCCCAGUAGACCGCCUGCGCACUUCAAUCGCCUCAUACAGCUUCUGGAUCGCAGACAACGCCAACUUCAUCAACCUGGUUGCACAGACGACGCGACACUCCCCGCUUUCACGCCAAGUCAUUCCACCAACCACCGCCGCCAUGUUCUGCAGCGCCAUCAGCGGCUUCUUCGACCGUCUUGACACCUACUGGACCGGCAAGCGCACGCACAAAGCCGCCAGUCGUCAAGAAGCGCACGAUCGCGAAGCCCGUGAGCAGCAAUGGACUGAGGGCCACAGACAAGGCCCUCCAUCAGCGGUGCAACAUCCGGGCGCAUCUAAAGACUACAGUGACGACAUGGAGAACCAAGCACGGCCAUUGCGAGCGGAACCACAGGCGACGCGCAAGAAGACCGUCAGGCGGCAAAUACUGCAGCCAGGGCAGAGGAGCUUGGAAACUUUGGAGAUAGGUCGCAUUGGGACCGCAGAGAAGUUCUACCGUCAGUAG